UUCGGGAAAAUAACGAAAGCCACCGAAUUUGUUUGGGUAAUUGUAUUUGUUUGUAUCCUUAUUUUUAUUUUCUUUCUUGGUUCAAUCUAAAGGCAAACUAGCAUUUAUUUAUUGGAAAAGACAAUACAGUUGUUAUAGCGUUUUCAUCAUCAUGGCCCAAAGAGAGCGCCGUUCCAAUGCCGGAAAUCGUAUGGCCAAAUUGCUGGACGAAGAGGAGGAAGACGACUUUUACAAAACCACUUACGGUGGUUUCCAGGACGUUGAAGAAGAUAGGGAUUACGUUGAGGAGAGAGAACAAGAUGAUGUAGUCGAUUCUGACUUUGAUAUUGAUGAGAAUGAUGAUCCAGUAUCUGAUCAAGAAGGCGAGGGCAAAGAGAAAAGAAAGGCAUCCUCAAAUGUUUACAAGGAUCCCAAGAAGAAAAAGAAGGCGGCAAAAAAGGCAGCAGUGAAAAGACCUAAAGAAGCCGUACCUAAAGAGGAAGACUCUGAAAAGGUUGAAAAAUCUGACAAAGUUGUAUUCGACACUUCCAUUGAACGAAAGUCAAUCAGGCAGACCACAGCUUUAAAAUCGGCAGAAACACAACAACGGAUUAAAAUCAGGUCGGAGCUUAAGAAGAAGAAGCCUAAGAAAGUGGAAGACAAAAUGCCUACCCAAGAAGAGUUAUUGGAAGAGGCACUUAUCACUGAACAGGAGAAUUUGAAGAGUUUGGAGAAAUUUGAACAAAUAGAAAUGGAAAGAAAAAAAAUUCGACCCACGAAGAAAACUAUCACUGGACCCGUUAUAAAAUAUCACUCAUUUGCCGUGCCAGAAGAAAUGGAAACACCAGAUGAAAAACAUAAUAUAACACCGCCAGAUUUAUCACUCAGUGAUAUUAUCAAGAGCGAAGAUGUAUUACUGGCACCAGGUGAAGUAGCUGCGGCUGACGUCUCUAUGACUGAGCCGAAGAUUGAACCGGAAACGGAAAUCAAGGUGACAGAGAAAAUGGAUAUUGACGUCAUUGGGCCCGAUGACGUGAUAGGAAUUGAAAAAAUUGAUGCCAAAGAAGAAAAGCCUGUCAAGCCGCCGAGCAAAAACGUGAAAUACCACGAAAGAACACUCUUGUCUUUCGAAAACGAUAUCCAUGAUGUGGCGUUCAAUUCGUGCUUCCCAAAAUCGCAACCGAAAAGGCGGCGGGAGUUACUUUGUGCUGUUACUAAACGUCCCGCCCGCUACAUUGACCCAAUAACGAAACUGCCUUACCGCAGUGUGGACGCGUUCAGAAUUAUACGGGAGGCGUAUUAUCAACAGUUAGAAGCAAGGGGCGACCGAUCCGAUCCACAGGUUGCCGCGUGGUUGCAAUGGAGAAAAGCCGACGCUGCAUCUACAUACGUACAGAUUCAUAUAAAAUGAACAGUUAUUAUUGAAUAACAUUAUGUUAGUGUUAGAUUAUUUUACACAGUCCCGAUUUUUUUGCGGCCAAAUUCACUAUUAUUCGUAGAAUAUAUUUGCAUUUGGCGGGACAUUAAAUUGUCUGUAGUGAACCACAGACUGUAUGAAAUUGUACUUGUUUAUCAUGGAAACCCAUUAACUAAGUUUAAAAGGUAGUUUCUUUUAAGCUAAAACAGUGUAUUUGUACGCCCAUACAUAGCACUGAUUAUAAUCACAUAUUAUAACACCUUUGUGACAUGUUUUGACAUAAAUAUAUAUAUAUAUCCAAUUUAUUGAACGCAGACAAGGUCGCGCCGCAAACGGUAGUCGCCUUUAGCUAUCUCACUCACAAUGGCGGACAGUUCAGUUCGCGGGUUCAAAUGGCGCGCUCUGAUAGGCUUAAAUAUUUUCGCGCCAUAUAAAAAUUUGACUUCUGCGCAUGUGCCUGCGCACGGUGUAUCUUUUAAAAGCGAUAUUAUAGUACAAAGUAUAAAAUGAUUGCUUUAACCUUUAAAACUUCCCAACAUAUUUAUGUAGCUACUUAUUUUAAUUAAUGUUAAUUCAAGAGGAAGGUUUAUGUUGCAAUUCAUGCGACGAUUGUGGUGCAAAUGGUGCGACCAAAUCUGAGCUCACCUUUAUAGAUCUAUCACAGUUCAUAUUAAAAUCAUACUUUUAAUUUCUAAACAUACAUUAUUUAAAAAGUGUUUUCUGUAGUUCCUUUUUUCUUAUUUCACUUGUUAUAUUUUUUCAUCUCAGAAUUGAAGUGGGUUUAUAUAGCAAACUUGUCUAAUAAAACAAACAUAUAAAGAU